CACACAGUAUCACAAGCUUGCGCGCCACACACGCGGACCUCGCCAUUCUCUUUCUCUCUCUUUUUCUCUCAACAGUCUUUUUAUCUUUCUGGAAGUUCCAUGGUAGUUAAAACUGCAAAAAUGAAUUCCAACGUAUCAUCAUCUGCACAUCCUCCACCGCCGCCGCAAUACAUGGCCACCACGUCCACAGCUGCCACCACAUCAACGGCCACAGAUAGUGGCGGCAAGAAGGUCAGGAAACCUUACACCAUUACCAAGUCUAGAGAGAGCUGGACCGAAGAAGAACAUGACAAGUUCCUCGAAGCUCUUCAAUUGUUUGACCGUGACUGGAAAAAGAUUGAAGAUUUUGUGGGUUCUAAAACAGUUAUUCAGAUUCGGAGUCAUGCCCAGAAAUACUUUUUAAAGGUCCAGAAGAAUGGGGCAAUUGCCCAUGUGCCUCCCCCUCGUCCUAAACGCAAGGCUGCUCAUCCUUAUCCACAGAAAGCAUCAAAAAAUGCACCCCUGCAGACAUCUGUGGCUUAUCCGUCGGCAAAUACCCUUGCAGCUGGGUAUACCCAAUGGGAUGAUUCGUCCAUUCUGAUAAAUGCAGCUUCAAGCAAAAUUAUGUCAUCCCUAGAAGAUUUUACCAAUUUACCUGGAGCUGAAGCUGAUAUUGGAUCAAAGGGCCUAUCAAGGAUGGGUAACAGUUCUGUUAGUGGCAUUGGAAGCUCAAGUAGAACACCAACCAGUUCAGAGAUACCAAAGCAGGGGAAACAAGUUCCUAUGCUUCAUGGUGUACCAGACUUUGCUGAAGUGUAUAGCUUCAUAGGGAGUGUCUUUGACCCAGACACCAGAGGCCAUGUGCAAAAGCUCAAGGAAAUGGAUCCCAUAAAUUUUGAAACGGUUUUAUUAUUGAUGAGGAACCUCAGUGUUAACUUGUCUAGCCCUGAUUUUGAGCCAAUUGCCUGGUUUUCCUUAGACUUGCAAAAGUGUGCUCUCCGUGUUAUGCCUAUGCCUGGCUUCUUCUGUUGGAAAAUUUACAUAACUAUCUCACUUAUGUUUAUAUAUGUAACUUGUUUAGAUUCCCUGAGAGGAAUUUACAAGCAAUAGAUGAUGUAUCAAUUGAAUUGGAUAAAUUUAUUAGAGAGCAAUGCUACGUAUAUACAGUUUUGGUACACAAUUUGAGUAUAUAGAUGAUAUGUCAUCAUAUAAUUAAAUAUUAUUUUAUCUUUAAUUCAAAAUCAUUUAAUUAUAUAAUAACAUAUCAUCUAUAUAUAUCCAAAUUGUGUAAUAAAAGUAUGUACACAUAGUUUUAUUGUUUAUGUUAAGCUUAAAAUUCUCUUCCCGAUGAGGUUGUACCUACAAAAAUGUGAAUGCAUUGCAAAUAUAGCAAUUUUCUUGAUGAAAAGUUGGCUGUCAUUUACCUUGUGUUUAUAAGCCACGGUCCUUGGAAGAAUCACUGUUACACUAAUGAUACUAGUUGUGAAAAAGUAAGAAAUAAGAAAAUGAUAUAAUUGAUUAACUACAGGCCUUGCCAUCUUUGUCAUAUGCAGCCUAAUGCAGAGUCCAAAUCUUUUAUUCAAAGGAAUCCGCUUGGACAGGUUACUGGAGGAUAUGCUUUUGCUAUUCUAAAUAGAUUAUAAAAAGAAAUCCUGAAUUAGUUAUGGGCAUUAUAAUUUUCCUCUUUAAGUAGCAGAUUGAGAUCAGAAACAUAUUACUUAUCUAAGGACAUUGGUUUAUACAAUAUAUGGUUGUGUUGAUCACUGUUGUGAGUUGGUUUGUUUCUUGGUGGUUCUGUCCAAUUACUUUUUCCCUUAUUUGAACAUUUCUGGUGGUUCCAACUGAUUGAUCUGACUUUGUCUGGUUGAUUUCCUUGGUUCAGAGGCAGGUCAUGUCAUCCUAUGACGCUAAUUCA